AUUGAAGGCGGUGCCUUGUGAAUCUCGCCUGGCUGCACGCGCAGGGGAGUGGGGGCGUGGCAUUUUUUCAGGAAAAAAAGCUAAACAAUCUUUAAUCUUUCAAAUUGACUGUGUCGGAUUUUUAAAUUGUCUCGGCUGGUGUAGAAGUCCAUACCUUAGAAUAGUGGUAACACACGGGGAUCCACUCAAGACAGGCCUGAAUGUAUUUUCUUCCAAAUUUCUGCACGAAAAGGUAUAGAAAGCGGAUAAUCUUUCUUUAGUCACCACUCCGGUCCGACUAUGAAUUCUCAACGUUUGCUUGACAUGUCUCCGGCCGAAGUACUGGUCGGGGGCGCUUCGAAACAAGCCGGUAUUGACCAGCAUGCAGAGGGUUCCAAGGGAAGCGAAAUGAGUGUCACCACUACUAACAGCGGUGUCAUUCUGGCGUGCGGGAGCGGGCCCGCAUCAGGAGCAGUUUUCUGCACAUUCGUGCUAGACGAUGGCUCUUUGAGAGAAUGUACAAACCAGGAAAUCAUCCUCAAUGGGAAUGACCUGUCGUCAGGGAGAGAAAAAUACGCGCACCGGAAAAUAAUGGGUUGUGGUGGCGAGGCAGAUGAGAGGAAAAGUGGUCUGACUGGGGUCCUUACUAACGGCAGUCCCACUCACUGCCUGAUCCUGAACGGGCAGAAGCCGGACAGACACAUGCACUCGAAAGCGAGGAAUCCGCUGGUGCCCGAUGGUUUCCAGGAAACCGGACAUCAAGUGCCACCUGAGGAGAGAAAUCCCCACCCCUCCUCCCACAUACCUGUCCCCCGACGCAGGAAACCCUCAGGUCGUGCUGAUAAGGAGGUAAUGGCUGCCACCGUCCUGACAUCGCUAUCCACCUCCCCACUGGUCCUCACCCAGACAUCCUCAGCUGCAGUUCCGGAGUCGGCUAGCAGGGGGUGGAAGGAGGUGCUGUCGACCAGCUACAGCAGCUCCACCAGUGGCAACUGGAGCUGGGACACCAGCGACCAAUCAGUGCCCUCCACGCCAUCCCCACCCCUCUCCAACGAUGCCAGCAAGAGCUUCCUGCUCCCCUCCCAGGGUGAUGACGUCAUUGAGGACGUCACAGAGAGCACUCAUUUUCCGUUUGUGGACCCCAUACCCCGGAAGCGAAAGAACUCCAUGAAGGUGAUGUUCAAGUGCUUGUGGAAGAACUGUGAAAAGGUCCUCAGCACCUCUUCAGGGAUCCAACGACACAUCCGAACCGUCCACCUGGGGCGGAACUGCGACUCGGACUACAGCGACGGAGAGGAGGACUUCUACUACUCAGAGAUCGAGGUCAACAUGGACAGCCUAUCAGAGGGCUUAUCCAGCCUCACGCCCACCUCCCCCACCACCUCCGGCCCUCCCCCCAUUUUCCCACCUGUCUCCAUCACCGCCUGUCUCCCUCGCUCUGAGCCCUCCCACAUCGCCAUGAGGGGGACACAUGGCCACACCCCCACCCUGCUCAGCCAAUCAGCUCCCUCCGCGCUCUGCCAUAUUCGCACUGACCACGCAUACCAGGCCACUGCUCCUGUGAGUAUUCCUGUGUGUUCGGAGCAGGUUGGUGGGAAUGAUGGGAUUGGGAAUGGGGAUGGGAUCAGUGUGUCCUGGCAGUCAUCUCCUGUCAUUUUUAAAGGCUUACCGGACCCUUUGACUCACACCCGCACGGUGAGCUUCGGGGAGAAGAGACAGCCUGCCCUUCACACACACACUACCAUCAGCAAGACACCCCCCUCUACAGCCCCCCUGCCCAAAUCAGGACCAGGAACCAGGAAACCCCGCGGAGAGGCAAAAAAGUGCCGGAAGGUGUACGGCAUGGAGAAGAGGGACAUGUGGUGCACAGCCUGCCGUUGGAAAAAAGCCUGUCAGCGAUUCAAUGAUUGAACCCCACUACAUCACUGGGAUGGACUCUUCCUCUGCCAGAGCUUCACUGAGGUGGAGUCUUCCACUGGGGAGAUGUGGGUGUUCUCCCUGAUGAAGCUGCUUAGAGCACGCACUGCUUCCUCCUGACCAGCAGGGGUCUCUCUGCUUGCUUCUCUUAAUCCUCAGACAGACAGCUAAACACACGAAACACAAAAACAAAUGGAUGAAAAAGGAAAAAAAUAUAUAAUAAUUGUGUAAAAGUAUAUGGCUUUGGAAGCAUAGGUAAUCCAAAAAAUGAUUAUUCAAAACGUGAUUCAGAAUGACAGUUUUGUUUUGUACUUUCUAAUUUUGCAUGCCUUCACUGUAGGGCAGUGGUUGAAGAUUUCAGAUAAGCUUUUUGGUAUUGUGUACUUUCAACAUGUUCUUUGCUGGUCCGAAGAAGCUACUGUGUUUGAGUCUAUAAGAUCCUGAAACCACUCUCUUGUCAGCAUCUUUCAAUGCACCUCUGUUGACGUUUUAGAACUAAAACCAGAUUCACUUUGUGGCGUAUAUUUGAAUGGAUCGUUUCAACGGAGGUGCAAUGAAAGAUGCUGACAAGAGAUUUCAAUGGUCACGUUUCAAAUUUCAGCGGUCACUCUUUUGAAACGGACAGUAUGUCGGCCAAAGGAAAACAGACACAGAAUCUCUCUAAAUUCACUCAGAAUUGAGAUGUCGCUUUUAUUAAGACGGAUGCUUGUUAUUCGUAUAACACAUCACAUGCUCUUAUGGGAAUUGAACUCAAAAAUUCCAAUCUCUUUGUUUGGGAAGUAAAUAAUGCAUAGCUACACACCAUAAGCUUCCUGCAUCUGUUGCUUAUUCCAUCUUCUGGCACCAAAUGUCACACUUUGAUCCUUCAGAUUGUUCAGCGUACAUGCACCGAUUAUAGUUUCUCUUCCUAGACCUCUACACAGAUAUGCAGCUUUCAGAAACAACACAUCUUUCAACAGACCACAUGUAAACUUUGUAACCACACUGUUCACUCUCAUUUCUCACAUUUAACAGUUUAUUUUCAGUGAUUAGUUCCCAAGGCAACUAUUGUAGUAGUUGCAAAGUGCAAUCACCAGGGUUUGGACAGUCUGGUCUUGCUUUGAUUAAUCACCUCUAUUGUUGAUUACAGUUAUCAAUAAUAACAUCAAACCCUCCUGUAGUAUUACUAGCUACUCAGUGUUCUAAAAUCCAUUUUCUGUGUACGUUCAUAGAAAUAUAAUGUCAUUCUAGUUCUCUGUGAGUACUAUACCUAGUCCUACUUAAACCUGACUCCCAGUUACUGCUCUUAACUGGUAUCUAAGGGUGUUGAAAUCUAAGUGUUUUUCUCAGAGGGAUUAUUUGUGUCCCAUGAAUUGUACCUGGAUUCCUGAUUCCACAAUUAUAUGGAUAUAUGGAUAUUUUUACACAGAUAAUUUUUUAAACUUUAGCUACUUUAAAAAAAAAUUUGCCAGCUCUUUGAAUGUAGUUUCUGCUGCCUCUCUCUCUCUCUCUCUCUCUCUCUCUCUCUCUCUCUCUCUCUCUCUCUCUCUCUCUCUCUCUCUCUCUCUCUCUCUGCUCCCAACACUCUCUCUCUCUCUCUCUCUCUCUCUCUCUCUCUCUCUCUCUCUCUCUCUCUCUCUCUCUCUCUCUCUCUCUCUCUCUCUCUCUCUCUCCCAAUACUGACUACUAGCCAUGCCACAAGUUACAACAGCAGGACACACACAUGCAUGGUGCUACUUAUCCUCUUUCCUUAGGUUACCUUCAACCUAUUCUAUGACAAUGGCCACAAUCUAUGACUUUCCGUUCUUUGGCCAUGUGACAAAUUUGUUGUCAUAGUGACAUCUCCGUUCUCAGCUGAUGGCAGUCACAUAUUCUAAUUGAUGUGACAUUAGUAGAAGGCCAUUCUAAGACAGCUGGGAAUGACUGUCAUUUGUUGUUAUUUGGGGACAACAAACAAACAAUCAAACCCACUGGAUUAAUUUUAGCAUGCCCUGUCAGUCUUUUCCUUGAUAACCAUUACCAACAGAUAUGGUCCUGCUCAUUGGCUGGUAACCCUGUCCGUCAGACAUUAUGUCCAGUAGUGUUUGAGAGAAGCUGGUUCUUACAGUAAGUAGCUCACUGGUCAGACUGGAGAGUAGCCCAGUAUUUAAUGGUCAGAAACUUCACUAAGUGCCAUUGAAAAGAACAUUAUGAGGAAAAAGGAUUUACCUAAAUAAAUUGCACUAACUUGCACUGCACAAAGACUUGCUUUUAUACAUGGAUUUUAUACACACAGAUUUUGAAGUGAAAUGAAAUUUGAGGUUGUUUUAUUUUGGAUCGUCACUGCCUUGGUGUCAAAAUGGGGUUUCAGGGAUGGGGCUUCGACACCUCUUGGGUCCCCCCAUAAGAACUUUUUGAACUGGUAUGUUUAGUUCUGUCUGUGUGGUGUACUCAGCCCCAUGGUGCCAACAAUAUUGCCUGGAAUCGUUUGGUACUGCAUAGUACAGCGGUACUUUGUGCUUCAGGGUUUCCCCUAGACUUUUCUAUUGUGGUGGUGCACCAGAAGACCCCUGAAGUCACAUCUCAGAUGGUCUGCCUUAACUUGGUAAUAUAUGGGGAAACACUGGUCCAGAGGUAGCCCUCAAUUAGUCGAUGGUUGCUUGUUAUCUUCUUAAGAACAGAUAAGUCAUGGUGUUUCAACACUAUGGGCUUUCCUCACGUAACAUACUCAUACACCGCUUUCACAAACACUUUGGUUAGUCUUCCUUUGCCUAAAAGGCGCUUGCCUCUUUCACACUUUAUUGAGAUGAGCUAGUGUACAGAGAAUAGGUUUUCUUACCGGACCUGACUCUUCUCCACCAAUCGAAACAUCAAUCUUGUGUUUGGUCCUACUGGCAGCAGAUUGGCCAUUCAUACGUUUGACUACUUUUCAGAUCAAUCUACUUUGUCAUUCUCAAUCUCAUUCACACCCCUAUGCCUGCCACAAAACCCGCCUCUGGUAUUUAAUUGCACUAAAGUGGUUUUAUGGGUCAUUGGCCAGUGCUAAUGAAGGGGAACAGUCUUUAUCCACUUGCUACUACCUACAUUGACAAACUGGAUGAAUCUAAGGAAGUCUCACCCACAGUAAGUUGACCUGGUAUGGAAUAGGGUAGGGUCAGGUGGGUUUGAGUGAUAACUGCCAUCCCUAUGGCUGUUUUUAGGAGACCUGAGGUUUUGGAUGGUAGAGAGAGGGCUGAUUGGGUGUGUUUGGGGAACUGGGACUUUGUGACAGGUGGAGAAAGAGUGGGACAAGCAGUGACGAUUAUUUGAGAUGGAUUUGUAGUUUCAGGGCUUCCCUGUACAUAUGCAACGUAAAGACAACCCUGAAACUUUUUUCAUAUAUUGUUGUUUGUCUGUUAAACAAAAAUUAAACUUUGUAAGGUAGAAUUGCUCAGAUUCUUGGUGUGCGUAUUUGAGAAGCUGUAGUGAAUAUAACAUACACAUAUAUUGCAGUUCAGGGGAAAAGUGGCGAAAAAACGUAGAUGAAUGUAAAACCUACAAAAAGAUGAGCUUGUAUUUUUCUUUCUUGUUGUAAUGCUGGCUAGUUUCUACUGUUGCUAGAACACUGUUAGUCCUCUGACAGAAUGACGGCGCAAACAGCACAAACUGUCAUUCUGUUGACAAACUUUACAUCUGCACUGUUCUUCAAGUAAAUGUGUUUUUGUAAAAUAUUCAGUGGAAAUUGUUCAAAGUAGUCCUUGUGCAUAGAGUUAUACGGUUUGUUUAACUUUGCAAUCAUUGGUUUUGUUUGACAUACAUUUUAAAGUGAAAAAUCUUAGUCUCAGCAUAAUUCUGUUAUCGUGGAAUUGCCCUUAACCUUCUUACAUUGUGCAAUGAGACGCUUUAAUUCUAACAAAAACUAACUUGACCUUUUGGUGACCUUUCUGUGAGCCACCUGGUGUGAUCUAUUAUGAAUGCAUUUAAUGUCAUGUAGGCCUUUAUUUAGGCUGUUAUGAGGAGUCAUGAACUGUUAUGAAUGCUUAUAGCAGGCCAUAUACUGCACUACUUUAAUGCACAUAUUGAAUGUGUUUAUAAAGGUGUUAUGCAUUUGGUAAAGUGGUCAGAACCCACUGGAAAAACACUGCUUGAAUCAACGUUGUUUCCACGUCAUUUCAACAAAAACAUUCAAUGUGAUGACUUUUGAAUCAACGUGGGAAACUGAUUGGAUUUGUAAAAUGUAAGGGAAUUUCGUAAUUUUUUUCACCCAACUUUUAAACUAGAUCCAAUAACAUGGUGAAAUGUUUUGUUGAUUUCACGUUGAAUUCACGUUAGUUGACAACUCAGCCAAAUGUAAAUCAAAACUAGACGUUGAAAGGACAUCUGUACCCAGUGUAUAGGAACCGUGAGCUGUUGUGAAUGCUUAUGGCGAGUCUUAUUAUACACUAUGGAGUGAUCGACUGUGCUAUGAAUGCAGUCAUAAUCUAUUGUACACAGGCGUUUCAGAAAAUGUGCUACCUACUUUUUCUGUCUCCCUGCCAAAUAAGUAUUUAUCAGAAUACAUGUUGUCAUUGUCUUUUGUUCGAGACAAAUCACCUAGGCGGCUCGGGGAUUCAAACUCGCAACCUUUCAGUUAUUGGCCCAACACUCUUAACCGCUAAGCUACCUGCCACCAAAUUGUACCUGUACCUUCCCUCUCACAACUUCAGUGACUGACUCUCUUCCUCCAUAUAUUUCCCAAUCUAUUUUUCUCUAUUUUUGAUUUUUUUUCCCUGUCUCUCUCUUUUAAACUAUCAGAAUUGAUUGUAGUCCCCCCUAAAGUCAAUACCCAGUAUAUUAAGCUAACCGAGCCCUUGAAAUGUGCAGAAAGAAAACCUUUAUUUCCUAAUGUUACAUCAUUCUAUCCUUUGUUUGCUCGUUGAAUGUCCAUGUUGAUGAGUCCAGCCCAGCAGCUCAGCAGCAGCAAAGCCAAUGGAUCUCCAUUCAAAUCAAAUGUAGUAAAUCGUCAUCACCAUGGUAGUUCCACUCAACUCUGUGCUUUUUCUUCUAUCGUGCUCUUAAACAACACACCAAUUUGAUCUGUUUGUCUUUCUGUCACUGCUUCACCUCUAUCUGUUUUUUUUCUUUUUGUAACUAUCUGACUGUUUUUUUUCUUGCUGUGCUGUGUCAGAGCAUUAUGGUUGGUGGGAGGGAAACAUACUUUCUUUUGGUUGCUUUAUUAUCUUGUUCAUAUUGAUUGAUUGAUUGAUUGAUGUUCUCUCAUUAUGUCUGGUGCAGAAGUGUGUUAUUGCUCAUGUCUGUCUGACAUGUGCUCGAGUGGAUGGGUGACUUGAUGUCAUGAUGAUGAUGUGAUGUAAAUGUGAUAGAGAGAAAAUAAAUGCGAAUGGAUUGGAA